GAGCGCACAUAUAGCGGCGCUCGCCGCGCCCCUCCCGACAAUCGGCAGCAGCCUCUGAGCAGAUCGGACUCUCCUUGUUCGCACAGCUCGCUCGGCUCCUUCCAGCAACCAUGUCUGACAAACCCGAUAUGGCUGAGAUCGAGAAAUUCGAUAAGUCGAAAUUGAAGAAGACAGAAACGCAAGAGAAAAAUCCUCUGCCUUCAAAAGAAACAAUUGAACAAGAGAAGCAAGCUGGCGAAUCGUAAUGAGGCGAGCGCCGCCAAUAUGCACUGUACAUUCCACAAGCAUUGCCUUCUUAUUUUACUUCUUUUAGCUGUUUAACUUUGUAAGAUGCAAAGAGGUUGGAUCAAGUUUAAAUGACUGUGCUGCCCCUUUCACAUCAAAGAAUCAGAACUACUGAGCAGGAAGGCCUCCCCUGCCUCUCCCGCCCAUCUGCUGGUCUGGCUGGCAGAGAGGGAAAAGAACUUGCAUGUUGAUGAAGGAAAAAGCUGGGUGGGAGAUGGUGAAAUAGAGAGUAAAAUUCAAGAUGGUCCAAGAUGUCCUGCAGGAUGUAAAAUGCAGUUUAAUCAGAGUGCCAUUUUUUUUUGUUCAAACAAUUUUAAUUAUUGGAAUGCACAAUUUUUUUAAUAUGCAAAUAAAGUUUUAAAACCUGGA